AAAACCCAGCCCAUAUAAAGCUGGUCAUUUACCAUUUAGUGAGUCGACAGGCGUCGUGGAAACCUGUUGUCUGCUGCAAGGUUAUAAUUUGAGUUGCACGGCGAGAUAUCAAAACAGAAAUGCCGGAACCCCACGCAGCAUUCAAAAACUGUGGAAAAAAGGAGGGAUUAGAAAUAUGGAGGAUCGAGAAUUUUCAGCCAGUGCCUGUACCCCAAAGCAAUCAUGGAAAAUUUUAUAGCGGCGAUUCUUAUAUUGUCCUCAAGACAUCAGGCGUCCCUGCGUCCCUAAGCUACGACGUGCACUUCUGGCUAGGGAACGCCAGCUCACAGGACGAAAAGGGCGCGGCGGCCAUUUUGUCCGUGAAUCUGGACGAAGUUCGCUUCAAUGGCGCCGCGGUGCAACAUAGAGAGGUUCAGGGCUAUGAGAGUCAGGUGUUCCUGGAUUAUUUUAAACCUAUGAUCCGCUAUUUGGACGGCGGGCACGCAUCAGGGUUCAGCAAGGUGACCACGAAUGAGGGUUCCGAGCGACGCCUGUUCCAGAUUAAAGGCAAGAAAAACGUCCGCGUGACACAGGUGGAAGCUCACAUAUCCAAAAUGAACGCUGGCGACUGUUUCAUCUUAGACAAGGGGCACGAUGUAUUCGUAUACGUGGGGGCUGAAGCGAAGAGUGUGGAACGCCAUACUGCCAUCAGGGCCGCCAAUCAGAUCCGGGACCAAGACCACAACGGACGAGGAGUUGUGCAGAUCAUUGAUUCCAGCUCCAGUGACGAGGAGCUUUCCAACUUCUUUUCUGCCCUGGGUUCAGGGGACAAGGAUACAGUCCCCCCUGCGUCUGACGGAGGGGAUGACGAGAAGUUCGAAACUGGAGUCGCAAAGGCUGUGAAGCUCUUCGAAAUAUCCGACGCAUCGGGCCAGAUGAAGACUACAGAAAUCAAGCCGAUCCAGGGGAAAUCCCAGCUUAAAUCCGAUGAGUGUUAUAUCCUGGAUUCUCAUACUAGUGGAGUUUUCGUGUGGGUCGGCAAGAAAUCUAACCAGAAGGAAAAAAUGGAGGCGAUGAAUAGAGCAGAAGAGUAUCUCAAGAAUAACAACUGCCCUGCUUGGAUUCACGUGUCUAAAGUACCUGAAGGAGGGGAGCCUGCUCCGUUCAAGCUAUUUUUCCCCGAAUGGGCUUAAUACUACACUUUUUAUAUGACUUCUAUUAAUAGUAUUGUAAUCAUAAUCAUACCAUUAAGCGACUCUGUAAUGCCAUACGAAUAUGUAAAUGACUAAAUUCAAAAUGCAAAAUCUAUAUUAUAGACGUACUUUUUUUACAUUUAACAUUUUAAUUAAUUUUUACUUCAUUACAGUUUUUAAAUUACGGUUAUUAGGAUUACAAAUACCAAAGAUUUUUAUUUAACGAUUCUCAGCAACA